AUGACCCCAAUGUCAAGGGGGAGCGCAAAGUCCAACAACUACAUAGCGUCUUCGAGAGAAGAUUACGGCUUCGUUGUUGUACUAAAGCGACUCAAUGUCGACUCUCAUACUCCACAAACCCAAAUCAACUACUGCAUUGCCGAGUUCGCACACAACCACAACCUCAAGAACUCUUUGUUGAUCGUAUAUUACGCUGGGCGUGCCAAUUACUUCAAUGAGAAGCUGAGGAUGACUGGAACAGCGAAACGUGGAGUGGUCGAAGAGCUAGUACCUCACAGUAUGACUGGGAACAGUAUGGAACAAUCGUUGAGAGGACUUGCUUCGGACAUUCUCGUUAUCUUCGACUGUUGUGAGCCUGGAAGUCUUGCUCACGGUCGUGCUGCGCGGUCGUUCGAAUACAUGGCAGCUUGCGGGGCUGGAGAAACUGCUGCACUUCCUGGUUCAGCGCCCUUCACGGCCGCCCUCAUCAAAGCUGUAAAGGGUUACAGAGCCGAGAAGGAAAUCUUUACCUCACAACAUCCACUACAGAGUAUCCAGGGCUCAGAGACCCUAUCAAAAAACCAGCAACCUAAUCUUUCGACCCGGCAUACUCGUUUCAAAUAUCGCCUUUGGAUUGCACCGCUUAACGCUGAUAUCCUAAAUAAAACUUGA